UUGCUAGAUCGGAGACACCGAUGAGCCAUGGGAAAGUACGCCCGGAAAAGAGCUGCUGCUGGCAAUCGGAAAAGAAAGCCGCUUAGACCUGGCCGAAAGAAACAGAAGAAGGGAGCGAAAAAGAAUGCGCAAAGAGCUCCCAAGCUAUGGCGAAGACGCUGUCUCUUGAGAGAAAAGAAUCUUGAUGAAAAGAGAGAGCUGUACAUCGAGCGGUUGGUGAUCUUGCACGAAGAAUUGCGAACCAACAACUAUUAUUGGAGUUUGGUGCGGUUAGUGAAAGAUCUUCACUUUGAUGUGGAGCCCCUGGAUCCGUCGGACUUUCCGGUGCAUCAGGUGCAACACGUUCAGCGGGGGGGUUUAGACCUGCGUUGCCCUCCGGAGAUUCUCCGGCGAAGCGCACCUCUGGUGAUGGUUGGACAGUGCCUCUGCGGCUUGCCGCGGGAGGUGUGUCACAGACAUCGAGAUGGUCACCAUGGGGAGAUGUGGCCGAUCCGGCAGAAGAUUCGGGCGGACCAAGAGGUCUCUCUGAGUGAAGCCACCAAUGAGGGGCUGGAACGUCAAGAACCCGAAGAAAGCCUGCCUUUGAAGAAGGUUAAUUGGCCAUAUGAAGAAUGCUUUCAACUCCGAAAUUGGCUGCAGAUCGUGAAGUCCAAGCAAUGGAACCGAUACGAAUUUCAAGAGCCAUUCAAGAACCUACUGCUACCGGCCUUGACGAAGGCAAUCAGCCCGCGGCUCGGUAUGGUAGAAGAUGCUGCGAUGCUGGAGGAAUUUCUGUCGAAGCGAUUCGAUGCUGUCUUUUCCAAGGACCAACAAAAGAAAUUGCUGCCGCGGAUCAUUUGGGCCUUGUGCUGGGAUUUCCGAGAAGACUUUCGGGAGAUGCAACGGCAACGGCAAAUGGACACGAGACGGCAGGAGCACCUCGAUGCGAUCAUGGCUUUUUGUCAGAAAGCAGGAGGUUAUCUGACCUCCAGGGAUGUUCGCCGUAUCAUUCCCAAACGCGGCACCCCUGAAGCUGGAAAGAAACGGUCACAGGCGUGGCUGGCAGCAGGUGUGUAUGAGCUAGGGGAGUUCAUACAGGACAGAUUUAAGGCGGUCCUGCCUCCAAAGUAUUUGGUUCGCAUGGACCACAUUGCGCACCGAAGGCAGCUCAAGGACAGAAAGAGAGCUCCGAAGGAGAUCGAGGUCAACGGGGAAAUGAUGCCGUGGAACCGAUUCGAAGUGCAGCAAGGAAAUGAAGAUACAAAGGGCAAUGGAGAGGAGGAGGAAACGACGAAUUUGUCAAAAGCCAAGGAAAACAAAGGAACUGCAGCGGGACGGCAGGCCACAAAGAGGAAAACUCACGAGAAUGAAGAAGAGGAGGAUUCAAAACAAGAUGUGAAGAAGAUAAAGGUAAAGGCAAAGGAAGAGGAGGUGGGACAUGGCGAGGAGGAAACUGCGUGGAAACAGGUUCAAAAGGCAAAAGGAAAUCGAAAAGCCCAGGGAAAGAGUGAAUCGAGGCUUCAAGCGCUUCAAGCGCUUCAAGCGCUUCAAGGGUCAGGUAGAGAAGAUGAGUCUUCGAAAAAGGAUGGAAAGGAGUUCAGAGGAAAAGGCAACGGAGAGGAGGAGGACCAGAAGGAACCCGUGGAAAAGGCUGAGGAUGCCAAGGAUAAACAGGCCAGGGCCGAAAAAGCGGCCACAAAAGAAGCCAAAGAAGCGGCAAAGCAGGAGGCCGAAGCAAAGAAAGAUGCGGAGAGAAUCGAAAAGGAUUUUGCCAGAGCUAAAGAGAGAUCCGCAAAACAAAUAGCAAAGGCAAAGGCAAAGAAUGGAGAUGACGUGAAGGUUGAACCGAAUCCCGCUGUCUUGCAGUUUCUGGCUGCCAUGAAAGUUCCUGAACCCACAGGAGGGGCCGAAAAGAUGAAGUGGAUGCUGGAUCAACUCAACGCUUUUCCGCACAACGUCCAGUUGCGCUGUCGCUGUGUGUAUCACCUCCUGGAUGGAUGGAAAGGUACCCGGGACAGCGGAGAAAGUGACAGCUGCACAAAGUUUGCACAGAUGAUCAAUGACACUGUGGACACUUUGUACACAUCCCCAUGCGGCGACGAGAUGGACAUGAAGGGCCUGGUGGGUGGUCAACUGCACUUGUUGAGUCUGCUGAUUCCGCGACGGGUUGAGUCAAAACGCCACGAUGGAGAGGAAACUUUCGAGGUUUUGAAGAGAUUGGAUGAGCCUGCAACCCCUUUGAGCUUGGAAAUGGAGUUGAAGAGUUUAGCUGAUUUGACCCGGAACUAUCCGCACGAUCUCCUUUUAUGGCAGUUGAUGGGGGCCGCUUUGACAGAUGAAAGGUGUUCCAGCAAGUUGGUCUUCGAUGUCUUUAUUCCUCGUUUCCGCGACUGGGGACGCACCUUUUUCCGCCUCAAGGACAGCAUUUCACCCAGGUUCAGCGGCUUGCCUGUGGAGGUCUUUGCGAUUUGGGUGCUGAUCAUGAGCUACCUGUUGGCGGAAAAAGUCCCAGAGCUUCUGAAAGUUAUCGAAGCGCGGCCGGAGGGUCAAGAAGACGAGGCGAUGCACUACGGGGCGACGCUGGUGAAAUGGCCCGGAAAUUUAAAGCAAGAACUGAAGGA